AUGUCUGAACGCCAAAUCGUAAUUGUGGGCGGUGGGAUCAUCGGUAAUAGUAUCGCAUACUAUCUAAGCCGGAGUCCCAACUGCCCGCGCGUGAUUUUGCUCGAGUCGAGCAAGGCGGUGGCUCCUGGCGCUUCCGGCAAGUCUGGUGGCUUUUUGGCACUCGACUGGCACGGCAUGUCUACCGCCAACCUCGCCGCGCUCAGCUUCCAGUUGCACCGCGAGCUUGCGCUUGAAUUUGGGGGCGCAGAAAAAUGGGGCUACCGCGAGGUCGAAACGCACCAGUUGAGCCUCGACACCUCGCGCAAGCCCCGUGCGCGCCCCAAGAUCGACUGGCUUAAUGGCAAUGUUUUCACCUCUACAAGCCCUAUUGGUGGCGGAGGAACCACUGCGCAGGUUACCCCCGGCGAUCUCACGCGUUUUCUCGCCGCAGAAGCCGAGGCGCGCGGCGUCGAGAUCCGUGUCGAGACAAAAGCAGUCGGCCUCGUCCUCAACGACGGGAAGGCCAAGGGUGUUGCCACCGUCUCCCGCGGCAAGGAAGAGACGAUCCCUGCGACGGACGUGGUCAUUGCCACGGGCCCUUGGACCGGAAAGCUGCUCAACACAUGGUUCAAGUCGCAGCCUAUGCCUGCAUACCUGCGCAACGCAGCUAUGAUCGAAGGCAGUCGCGCGCACAGUAUCUUGAUCCAAGCCGCGAAGAAUCACCAGCUCAGUGCAGACUGCUUUUUCUCUGAGAUGCGGUACGGCAACGCUGCAGGCGCACCCGAGUUUUACAUCCGCCCCAAGGGGCUUGCGUACCUCUCUGGUGGCACGGACAGUGUACCCAUUCCCGAGCUCGCCGACGAUGUCACCUACGACCCCAGCAGCACCGCAGAGCUGCAGAACCAAGCGGCAGUUGCGUCGCCCGAGUUCCUCGAUGUCAAGCGCGGCGCCACCCUGCUCAAAGAGCAGUCGUGCUACUUGCCCCUCUCGCCACGCACUGCGGCGCCGAUUAUCGGUGGCAAUGCCCACGACGGCAUUUAUCUCGCCGCAGGGCACGCCGUGUGGGGCAUCAACAACAGUCUCGGCACUGGCAAAGUCAUGGCUGAACUGCUGCUCGACGGCAAGGCUACCAGUGCCGAUAUCCGCCACUUGCAGCCGUCUUAA